UAAGCUGAGAAGAACUGAGCCAUCAACAAUUCAGUUUUACUUAACAUCAGUGGAAAAAUUGGUACCUCUAAUGAUCUUCUCAGGACAGUUCUGUUUGUAUGCUCAAAGGCUAUCUGGAGGCCCAUCUUUUUUCAAUUAUUCUAGAAUAAUCAUCUAGAGUAGGAAGAUUAUUUGAAUUGCAUAAUGAAGAGAAGCAGUCAACAUCCACUUUAACACUCCACAGCUAGUAGAAUCUCUGCAAAUUCCUGCCUUCUGUACAAAAUUUCGUCUAUAGCUGACCGUUACUGCUUGGGUUCUCGCCUCAUCUCUAAUGGCACUUUUUGAGCAUAAAGCAUCAGCCAAGGCAAAUGGUUUUCUUUUUUCUGCUCAAAACACUGGAAGUGAUGAUAUUUGUAUUCCAACGUAUACUAUUAUAUAUAUAAUCAAGGACAAGGUAAUUUCCUCUUAUUUUUAAAAUCAUUAAAAUGAAGGUAUUGGACUAAAUCAUCUCUAAAGUUCCUUCCAAUCAAAAACUUAAUUAAAUGACCUGUCUGUAUCUUAAAGAAAAUUUUGACUGAGUCUUACGUGGUAGUGUCUAGAACAUAGUAUGUGUUCAAUAUUAAUGAAUUAACUUAAAUUUAUUAUACUGAUGAAAACGAUUUCUACAUAGCAUCUUUCUUAUGUAUACAUACACACACCUUUUCAAAAUAAGUUGUACUUUUUUUACCUGAAAACACUACUUUUACUCCAUGUUCAGUGAAGUCUGAGGUAGCACCCAACAUCAUUUCAAAGUUGCAAUGCAAAGGAGAAAAAAAAAAAUGCAAUUAUCUUGAAUUAAUAAGCAUCCAUCAUAAGCAUUGUUGCAUUAUUUCAUUUAACUGGAAUGUAUUUUUAAGUUAGAUAUAUAUAUCGAAGACAUAUAAAUGGAAGGAUUUUGAAGGAUAAAACAACUUUCUGAAAAAUCAGUUAUCUUGCUUCAAUAUGGUGCAGUAACUUAGUAAGGACUCUGAGUGCCGCUGUUCACCAACCACGGGGAAAGUGAUGCAAUAAGAUCUGCCAGAGCCACCGAGAUUUUACAGUACAAAGAAACAUCAGAUUGAGACAAAUUCUCUUCCAAGCUGCAUCAAACUCCGGUCUCUAUUAUACUAAAUUCCGGGCUUCUCUUAUGAAUACAAAGGAUUCCACGCUGACACACUGGCAUCCAUAAGCGCAAAAGGAGAUAGUCCAGUGUCUAACAAGAUCAGCAGGACAACAAUGGCGACUCUGAAGAGGGGUCGAGACUACAGAGGAUUCAUCCUGCUCUCCAUCCUCCUGGGGACCCGGAGAGAAGCUUGGGCAGGACAUAUUUUCUACUCUUUGCCGGAGGAAACAGACACAGGGUCUUUUGUGGGUAAUAUCGCUAAGGAUCUGGGCCUGGAGCCCCGGGAACUGGCAGAGCACGGAAUCCGCAUCGUCUCCAGAGGUAGGACACAGCUUUUCGCUCUGAAUCCGCGAAGCGGCAGCUUGGUCACUGCAGGCAGAAUAGACCGGGAGGAGCUCUGCGCUCAGAGUGCACGGUGCCUGGUGAACUUUAACAUCCUGAUGGAUAAAAUGAGUCUUUACCCUAUAGAAGUGGAAAUAAUAGAUGUUAAUGACAAUUCUCCUAGAUUCUUGACAGAAGAAAUGACUGUAAAAAUAACGGAGAACACAGCUCCUGGGGUGCGGUUUCCCUUAAAUGAGGCUAGGGAUCCAGAUGUGGGCACGAACUCCCUCCAGAGCUACCAGCUCAGUCCCAAUCGUCACUUCUCCCUGGUUGUGCAGACUGGAGAUGAUGGAGCUAAAUAUCCAGAAUUAGUGCUGGAAAGGGUGCUGGAUAGAGAGGAAGAGGCUGUUCACCACCUACUCCUUACAGCCUCUGACGGCGGUGACCCACCCCGAUCGGAAACCGCCCGCAUCCAGGUAACUGUGGUGGAUGUGAAUGAUCACGUGCCAGUCUUCUCUUUGCCUCAGUACCAAGUAACUGUCCCUGAGAACGUACCAGUGGGCACAAGAUUGCUCACAGUACACGCUGUCGAUCUGGAUGAGGGAGUCAAUGGGGAAGUGACAUAUUCUUUCCGGAAAAUAACUCAAAAAAUUCUACAGAUAUUCCAACUGAACCCUCAUACAGGAGAAUUAUCAACUUCAGAAGGCCUAGAUUAUGAAGAGUCCAGCUACUAUGAAAUGGAAGUUCAGGCUCAGGACGGUCCUGGUAGCAUGACAAGGGCUAAAGUAAUUAUCACAAUUUUAGAUGUGAAUGACAAUGCCCCAGAAGUGACUCUAACAUCUGUAAGCAACUCAAUCCCUGAAGACACUCCUCCUGGAACAGUAAUUGCUCUUUUCUACCUUCAAGAUCGAGAUUCCGGCAAGAAUGGUGAGGUGACCUGCACUAUUUCAGAAAAUCUGCCUUUUAAAUUAGAAAGAUCAGUAGACAAUUAUUAUAGGUUGGUGACAGCGAAAAAACUAGACCGGGAAAAACUCCCUGUGUAUAACAUCACACUGAAAGCCACAGAUGGUGGAACCCCACCCUUGUCCAUGGAAACUCACAUCUCAGUGAAUGUGGCAGAUACCAACGACAACCCACCUGCCUUCCCCCACUCCUCCUAUUCUGUCUACAUCCCUGAAAACAACCCCAGAGGUGCCUCCAUCUUCUCUGUGACUGCACAUGACCCGGACAGCCAUGAGAAUGCCCAAGUCACUUACUCCCUGUCUGAAGACACGCUCCGGGGGGCACCCCUAUCCUCCUAUGUGUCCAUCAACUCUGACACUGGUGUCCUGUAUGCCUUGCAUUCCUUCGACUAUGAGCAAUUCCGUGACCUGCAACUGAGAGUGACUGCGCAGGACAGCGGAGACCCACCGCUUAGCAGCAAUGUGUCCUUGAGUAUAUUCAUUCUUGACCAGAAUGACAACACACCGGAGAUCCUGUACCCCGCCCUCCCCACCGACGGUUCCACAGGCGUGGAGCUGGCACCCCGAUCGGCAGAGCCCGGCUACCUGGUAACCAAGGUGGUGGCGGUGGAUAGAGACUCUGGCCAGAACGCCUGGUUGUCCUACCGCCUGCUCAAGGCCAGCGAGCCAGGGCUUUUCGCGGUGGGGCUGCACACGGGCGAGGUGCGCACAGCGCGGGCCCUGCAGGACAGAGAUGCGCUCAAGCAGAGCCUGGUGGUGGCAGUGCAAGACCACGGCCAACCCCCUCUCUCGGCCACCGUCACGCUCACGGUGGCGGUGGCCGACAGCAUUCCAGACGUCCUGGCCGACCUGGGCAGUCUCGAGCCCCCAGCUGACCCUGAUGCCUCAGGUCUCACGCUGUACCUGGUGGUGGCGGUGGCCGCAGUCUCCUGCGUCUUCCUUGCCUUUGUGAUCGUGCUGCUGGCUCUCAGACUGAGGCGCUGGCGCUCAUCGCGUCUGCUCCAGGCUGCGGGGGGUGGAUUGGCUGGCGUGCCCGCCUCGCGCUUUGUGGGCGUGGAUGGGGUGCGGGCUUUCCUGCAGACGUAUUCCCACGAGGUCUCCCUCACCGCGGACUCCAGGGAGAGUCACGUGAUCUUCCCCCAGCCCAACUAUGCAGACAUGCUCCUCAGUCUGGAGAGCUGUGAGAAAAAAGAUCCCUCAUUAACAUCUAUAGAUUUUCAUGGAUGUAAGGACGAAGCAGAAAAUAUUCAGGUGAGUUCACUAAUACAUUUAUCUUUACAUCCUUGAGGAAUUAUAUUUUGUGUAAUUUUCUUUACUGUAUUGUGAAACAAAUGUUUUAAAAAUGUAAGAGACAAAAGCAGUUAACCGAUUUAUUUAACAUAGAACACUUAUUGACAUAGGUUUUGGUGUCAUUUCCUUAGUGAAAGCCUAUACAAGACUGUGAAUAAGUGGACUGUCACAUUUUUAUGCCUUCCAUGUAUUUUCCCUUCAGUGUUCUCAAUUCAUGUGUUUUAUAAAUGAGAAUAAAUUGUUACAUGUUUUUCAUUGCACUGGGUUAGCAAGAGGAAAAUACAGCUCAUACACCUUGUCAGGAUUCUUUUUAGAUUAGAUCUAGGAAAGGUUCUUGAAGAUCUUCUGCCUCCAUAUACCUCAACUUUAUGACUUUGAAAAUCUCAGUUGCUUCCUGACAUAUUUAAAAAUUUUAACUCCAGUAUAGUUAAUAUACAGUGUUAUAUUAGUUUCAGGUGUACGAUAUAGUGAUUCAGCAAUUCUGUACAUCACCCAGUGGUCAUCAUGACAAAUGCACUACUUAACCUAUCACCUAUUUCACCCAUUCCCCUCACCCACCUCCCCUCUGAUAACCACCAGUUUAUUCUCAAUA